UCUACCCCCCCACAACUCCAGCAGGGCUGAGAGAACCCCAGAAAGGACCUCUCUCCCCUGCCUUCUCUCCCUCUCAUAUAGAGACAGCAGCUGUAGCUUACUGUACCACAGCUGGAGCUGACAAAUUAAGUCAUUCCACUUAGGAGUGGCUUCAUUUGAAACCUCAUACAAUGAAAGUUAAUUUGGGCUCUAUAGACCUGCUUUUCUUUUUGGGCACAGCUUUAGAGUGAUUUCAAGGGGCCGAUGAUGCAACAAAUGUCACUUCUGUCUGCACCCUUAAUUUCUCCAUCCUUCAAGUUUUUUUCAUCUGCAAAAUGCUUAAAAGUAAUGCUUGCUCUGAACUACUACCCAGGGACAUCAAUGGAAAGACAAUGAGUGCUAUAGCAAGCCCUUAUUUUCAUAGUGUUUAAAUACAAUUAGCAAAUACAAAAUACUAUAGUUUAUAAUAAUAAUCAAUAAUCAGUGAACAUUCUCUUGGCAUGUAAUAUUCUUAGAAUUCUUUAUUUUAUUUGCCUUUCAACUAUUCUUUUAUAUACAGGUGAUAAUGUAUUGAUUAAACAAGCUUUUAAAUGCAUGCAAGAAAGGAAAAGUAAAUGGUAUAUUAACAACUUAAACUUCUUUCGGAAUCAGAUUAGUGCUUUACUAAACAUUGUAUUUUACUAAAUCAUAGCCAUAUAACUGGGCCAUCUGGAUGUUUUUUAAAUAUGGACAGAAUAGAGAUAUAGCCAUGAUGAUCCAAGAAAUAGGUGAGAAGCAAGAUUUGUUUAUUAAUAGCUUUUAUGAUACCAGGAAUUCUCAACCAGAGUGUUGUGGUACUACGCAGCAUUAGCCCGGUUACUAUGAAAAUACCUACAUAUGGUUCACAAGAUACCCACACGGCACGUCCCCACAAGCACAUACAUGCAGUUUGUGGCAUCUCAAAAUCAUUUGAGGCACUGCAAACUACUUGUGCACAGGCACUCAUAUACUGCCCUGCUAAUUUGCAGUACAGCAGCUUUUUUGACAUUGGGAGAUCUCAGUGUCAAAAAAAACCACCGCUAAAAAUAGCAGCACCGUGCACGUGGCCACAGCGUGCACCACCAGAAACUUGCUUGGUUUAUUCCACAGAAAGAAUAUCAUGUCUGGUAAAUUUUGCAACCCCUUCACCUCUAUGCAUAUAGUGGUAUCUAGCCACUGUACUUUAGCUUGCCUAUCACCAACCUCACAGACCUAUGUAUAGCCUUGCUUAUCUCUAACUGCUAACAAUCCCUUGUGCUCCAUUCCUGACACAACUGAAAAAGUGCUGCCCUGAAAUGAGACAAAGUAGAUCUCCCAAAGUCCACAUCAAGCUCUUCAGGCCAGGGUAGGCAAAGAAAUUUACUCCUUCCACUUCCUUCCAAGUUGUUUCAUAUUGGCCACCCAGACCAUUUCAUAGAUCCCUCAGAGCUCUGUCUCACUAACCCAACUAAUUCCUCUACAGUUCAGUGCAACUGCACUUAGUACAGUGAAUGCAGCUUGAAGUGCUUGCAGAUAAUUCAGAUUGGUUGUUGUCAGUUUCUGAGAAAAAGGAGGCAGAGAGCUAUGGUUGUAUGGGUAUGUAUGUAUUUUAACUCUUCAUUUCUUGCAUUACAGAAAUCUGGGGUUUGGUUUUGUUUUUUGUUUUGUUUUGUUUUUUUGCUGAGCUUGAUUUUCUGGAAAGGCAUCUGAACACCUUAAGUAUUCAUUAACAAAGAGAUUUCUUUGGUCAUUGAAUUCUUUGCAGGUUGCUCAAAGAGGAAGCUCUGUAACACCCAUUCACCAAUAGGUUGCAUCACCACUGUUUCUCAAUGGAAUUUGCAAAUCCAGUAAUAACACUUAAAAACAAAAUUAAAAUAUCCACUAAAAUGUUGGAGAGAAUCCUAAAUGUUCAGUAAUGGUCUUAUGCCUAGUGUGUGCUUUGCCUUGUUUUAUUUUUCUCUCCUUUAGUUGCUGCCAUAUUUUUGGGCCUACAGAUGCUUGACAAUUCUCCCAAUCAGUGGAUGAUUGGAACUAUGGGAGGAUUUGUAGGUUGGGAGGCAUUAAUACACAUUAUGUUUGAAGGCUUGCACAAACAAGUUAAGUUUGAAGAUUCACAUGGCGAGGCUCAUGCACGUCUCGACAACCAUCUCGAUGGAAUAGAAGCAAUGUGGAUUACCGGACUACUUCUUCAGCCCCAGGGCUGCUCUAGCCUCACAGAGCAGCUGCUGCAGAAUCACGGCUCCCAGGGGACUCCUCUCCUUCACCAGCUCCUGCUAGUUCUCAUUAGACAAGGCUUCAUUUUUUUUCCCCAUUGCUGCUAUGAUUCCAUGAUUAUAGAAGCAGCUAAAAGUGAUAUAUUAAACAGCCCAACACUGGUGUAAGAUGCUGAUAGGCACAGCACUAUUUCUUAGCACUGAGGAUGCAAGGAAAAGCCAGCACCAAAAAGGUAAAAGAAACUAGAAGCAUGGGGCCCAAGAAUAUAUUAUGCAAUUUAAGAUGGAAGCAAAAGAAAAAACUUUAUUGGAAUGUGCACUAAUUUGCUUCAACAUAUAUAAUGUUUAACAACACAACAAGGAAAAAAUAAUUAAAAGGUAUGAUUUCAUUAGGCAUGCAGUUACUAGAAUUAAAUGUACAACUCUUUUUCAGAUUCAUAAAACAAAAUCUAACCUUCUUGAACAGCUUGACAGUGCUUACAGUGUUUCACUGAAAGUUAUUUCCGCACCUGCAUCAAUAUUUUUAGCUAGAGUUAAAAACAGUCUGCAGGGCUGUGAAAUAGAAGCUACAUUACCAAGAGAAACUAGCAGAAGAAAGGACAGUUUGAUUAGAAGAACCAUUAAAGGACAUUCAGAAGGAGAGAGGGCCGCUAACACUUGUGGACUGAAUAAUUUAGAAAAUUCAGCAAGAUGACAAUGAGACAAAAAGUGAAUUAAUGCUCUCAGCACUGCCUGAAUAGAAAUGCUACUGCCCCUCCCAGGCAGUUGGUUUUAAACUUUAUGUGGAGCAGGAAUCAAAGGGGGUGCAGCUAGAUUUUCCCCUAGGAGCAGUUGCUCAUACUGUAGGUUUUCUGUGUCAGUAAUGAGCAAGCUGAUCAAAUCUUGGUGUUAUUUCCUUGUGCCUGAUCCUGGUCCUUGUAUACAAACUGAGUUGUGCUCAGGGACCUAUGUGUGACUUGACGGAGAUUACAAUCUUUCUCCUUUCUGGUGUGGUGGAAGAGCAUGGAUAACCCUGCAGUCCAUCCAAAGAUUUUGCUAGCAUCUACUACAUAGCCCCUCACCUUUAGGGUGUGGCCAGUGGAUUUAUGUGCCUGCUGCCAAACCCCCACAUUGUACACCUGAUGCAGAUAAAAGAGUAGAAAGGCUUUCUUCCUGCCCAUCUUGACACAGAAGAACCUCACUCAUUAAAUCAGGGGUGCUCAACCUCCAGCCUGGGGGCCAAAUCCAGCCCACAGAGCCAUAACAUCUGGUCUGUUGGGUUCCCCCACAGGUUAGAAACUUGACAUUAGGGAGCAGUGGAAGUUUCAUGCAGCCAGAUCCACCCUUGCCCAGGACAUUGCCCAUGAAGUAGGAUCAGGGUAAGGCUACCCCCUGUGCAUCCAGACUGGGACAGACUGUUCCUUCACUACAACCCACAUGCCCAGGUUGAGGUUGCUUCACCCUGCUAUCCCCACACAUUAGGAUGGGGAUUGGGCAGCAUCUAGAUCAGGGCUGGGCUGCUUUCCUUCCCCCUCCUCUGCCCUGCCCUGCCCUGUCCCUACACCAUGCAUCCAGACUGAGACUGUGACCAGGACCAGGCUGUUCCCCCAGCAUGUAUUCAGAUUGGGGCUGCUCCACCCAGCCUGUGCUCUGGGUGGGGGGGAUCAAGGUUAAGCUGCAUGAUCCCCACAGCCAGAUCAGACCCAUCAACCAGAUCCAGUGUGCAGAGGGACCUGGCACCACCCAUCCAGCCCACAAGGCAAAAAGGUUGGGCACCACUACAUUAAAUGAUCAUAAUAUAACACUGAAGUUAUAACACAGAGCCCCUGGCUUCCCAUGGAGGCUGCCUGGCAUGGAUGCAGGCAGCUGGGUCUGGGAGCACUGACACCUCCCCUUGUGAGAUUUGCUCAACAGUGGAGGCCCUGGAGUGCCUGAGUAGGGAACUCCAGGCAACGGUGCAAUGGCUGUGAACCAUUAGAGAUGCAGAGCAGGAACUGGACACCUACUUCCAGGCACUCCACCUGACGGCUGACGAUGCCUUGGUGGAAACAAAGAACCACCAUGAGGUCCAGCCAGGGUUUGCCUGGACAGAGGUAGUCUGCAGCCCUAGGAGGCACUGCACCAGACUGACCGUUCCCCUGGAGCUGCACAACCAUUUUGUACCCCUCACAGCAGCUGAGCCAACUGAACUCCCAGCCCCAACAUGUGAGGAAGGACAGCCAUCAACAACUGUGCCCAGAACACACAGAGUAAUCAUGAUGGGCAAUUCCCUCCCGAGGGGCACAGAGGGUGUGAUCUGUUGCCCCGACCCCAUAGCCCAUGAGGUUUGCUGUCUCCCUGGGGCUCAUGUCUGUGAUGUGACUGAGAAGAUCCCCAAACUCAUUUGGCCCUUGGACCACCAUCCCAUGCUACUUAUCCAUGUGGGCACAAAUGACAUGGCUCGAAGCAAUCCCGGUUGGGUCAUGCUUGACUACAGGGCUCUGGGGGCUGGGCUCAAGGGGCUGGGGGCUCAGGUAGUUUUUUCCUUGAUCCUCCCAGUCAUGGGUCACAGGCCCCAGAGGAAUUGGUGCAUCAGUGAGGUGAACAGAAGACUCUGGCGAUGGUUCCAUCACGAGGGGUGUGGCUUCUUUGACCACACUCCACACUUCAGUGAGAGAGGUAGUAGACUGUUGGGAAGGGAUGGCCUCCAACUCACCUGGAAAGGGAAGAAACUUUUCUCAGCCAAAAUGGAUGACCUACCUGGGCUUUAAACUAAGAUUGCUGAGCGAGAGAGAGAAAAUCAACAGUUCUAGGUCAGGUUAUGCCAAUCACAGUAGUAACAGCAUAGGUAGCCCAAGGGAACCCACUCUGAGAGCCCAAGGAAAGGUUGUGUCUCAUCACAUAAGGAAGCCUAGGGCUUCUCAUGGCAGACUCAACUGCCUGUAGACAAAUGCCAGGAACUUGGGUAACAAGCAAGGGGAGCUGACCUUCCUCCUGACUGAUAAAGAUUAUGAUCUUGUAGGGAUAAUGGAGACCUGGUGGGACUCUUAUGACUGACUGGUAGGUAUAGAAGGCUAUACCCUCUACAGGAGAGAUCGUGUUGGGAAGAGGGAUGGGGGUGUAGCUCUCUACGUCAAGGAGCAGUACACUUCCCUUCAAACUGAGUUCAUUAUCCAUGGAGGGCAUCUUGAGACCCUCUGGGUUAAAAUAUGUGGGGAGCAUGGGGAAGAGGAUAUACUUGUAGGAGUAUGCAUGUCCUUCCAGACAUCUUGUGGAAGAGCACACAGCCAAGUCUGACUGGUCGCGUAACUUUCUCACCUGCAUUGACAACCUGUACCUGAUGCAAGAAGUCUACAGGCCAACUAGGGGGGAGGCACUGCUGGAUUUCAUUCUGGCCAAAGGAGAUGAUCUGGUGAGUGAUGUGAGAAUUGAGGGCAAGCUUUGUGACAGCGACCAUGAACUGAUUACUUUCUCUGCCCAAUGCAGGGUGGGCAAAUCCCUCAGUAAAACAGAAAUCCUCAGCUUUGGGAAGGCUGACUUUCACAAACUCAGCACACUGGUCAGUCAGGCACUAAGGGACCAUGGCCCCCUAGGAAGGGGAGUCCAUGAGGAAUGGUUGUUCCUAAAGAACUGAGACCUCAAAGCACAAGGGAAGUCUAUCCCGUCCCACAGGAAAUGUAGUCAGAGAGCAGAGAAGUCCCCUUGGCUCAACAGGGAACUUCUGGGUCUCCUGAAACUUAAAAGAGAAGCCUAUACCAGAUGGAAAACUGGAAUCAUCACCAAGGAGGACUAUUCAGCACUAGUCUGUACCUGUAGGGAGCAGUCCAGAAAAGCCAAAGCAGUAACCUAACUCGGAUAGCCACUGGAAACAAGGAUAACAAAAUGUUGUUCUUCAGAUACGUGGGAAGUCAGAGGAAGAACAAAAGCAACAUUGGCACCCUGUGAAAAUAAAUGGGGUAGCUGAUGUCUGAUGCCCAAGGCCAAUCCCCUAAAUGAUUACUUUGCAUCAGUUUUCCACCUGCCCAAAGGGGUCACACUGUUAGGAUGCAAAGCAUCCAGGUCUUGGGAAAUGGGCCCACAGUUGAAGUAGAUCAAGUGAGAGAACACCUCAAGAGGCUUGACAUCCAUAAGUCCGUGGGCCCAGACAGAUUGCAUCUGAGAGUCUUAAAAGAGCUGGCAGACAUCAUAGCAUGCCCUAUGGCCAAGAUAUUUGAAAGCUCGUGGUGUUUGGGUGAUGUAGCGGAAGCCUGGAAAAGAGCCAAUGUGGUCCCAGUCUUCAAGAAAGGGAGGAAGGAAGAUCCAGGGAAUUACAGACUUAUCCGUCUGACGUUCAUCCCUGGAAAGAUCUUGGAGAAAACUAUCAAGAGAUCCAUCUGCAACAGGCUAAUGGAAGGCAAUCUACUGAAUGCCAGCCAACAUGGUUUUAUUACUGGAAGGUCUUGCCUGACCAACCUCAUCUCCUUCUAUGACCAGAUGACGCAUUGCCUGGAGAAGGGAGAUGGCGUUGCUGUCAUUUAUCUGGAUUUCAAGAAAGUCUUUGACUUGGUUUCCCAUGAUGUCCUCAUGACCAAGCUGAGGAACCGUGGCCUCAACCAUCUCAUGGGGUUAGAUCCAAAGGGUAGUAGUUGAUGGGAACAAAUCAAUGUGGCACAAGGUUACCAGUGGCGUCCCCCAGGGCUCAGUGCUCGGGCCAGUACUCUUCAAUAUUUUCAUUAAUGAUCUGGAUUUGGGAGUCAGACGUGGACUGGCAAAGCUUGCGGAUGAUGAUAAACUAUGGGGGAAGGUGGUGACACUGGAGGCAGGCUGGAGAUACAGGCCGACUUGGACAUGCUUGCAAAGUGGGUGGACCAAAACCUGAUGACUUUCAACAUAGAUAAAUGCAGGGUACUCCACCUUGGGAGAAAAAACCAGCAUAAUACAUAUAGACUUGGUGGUGCUACGCUUGCUAGCACUGGAACCAAAAGAGACUCAGGGGUCUUGAUUGACCACAAGAUGAACAUAAGCCACUAAUUCUAUGCCGUGGUCAGCAAAGCAAACCAAACUCUGGCAUGUGUCCACCUAUGCAUCUCAAGCAAAACCAGGGAUGCCAUCCUCCCAAUUUACUCGACCAUAGUGAGGCCGCAGCUGGAGUACUGCAUCCAGUUUUGGGCCGCCCACUUCAGGAGAGAUGUGGGUAAGCUCGAGAGAAUCCAGAGGAGAGCCACCCAUACGAUCAAAGGCCAAGAGAGCAAACCUCAAGAGGAGAGGCUGAGGGACAUGGGACUCUUCAGCCUGGUGAAGAGAAGGCUCAGGGGGGACUUGGUAGCUGACUAUAAGUGUAUAAGGGGGCUGCAUCAGGAUCUGGGAGAACAAUUGUUCACGAGGGCUCCCCAAGGGAUAACUAGGUCUAACGGCCACAAACUUCUAGAAGGCCGAUUCAGACUUGAUAUAAGGAAAAACUUAUUUACAGUCCAAGUGUCCAAGGUCUGGAACAGACCCCCCCCCCCAGAGGUGAUGCAAGCACCUACUCUGGACUCAUUCAAAAGGUGUUUGGAUGCUUAUCUUGCUGGGAUCAUUUGAUUCCUGCAGACUUCCUGCCUCUGGCAGGGGCCUGGACUCAAAAAUCUCAUGAGUUCCCUUUGACUUCUCCAGGCUUUGGAUUAGGAAAUUUAUUAAAUUUUAUUUAGUAAAAGAUAUUUGCACUAACUUUUUAGGUAAUGCAUAGUUGUAUACUUUUGAACAGUGAGCACUGGAAUGUUCCAUCAUUAUGCACACUGUAUACAUUUUGGGAGAAGAACAUUUGCUUAAGCUCAGGAGAGCAACUGAACAUGAGGAAGUUAUAAAGAAAUUCCUCAGUCAAGCAAGUGUUCUAGCUGAGCAAAAAUGUAUUGCAAAAUGUUCCAUAGCUGCUCAGCUGCCUAGAGAACAGAGGAUGCGUGUUGAGGUUGGAACACUGUGCAUAGAAAAUGUGGAAACCCAUCUGAUAGCAAAACCAAUAAAUGCAAUUGUGUACCUCAUUGGAUUAACUUUUUCAUAUUAAGGAUGAAAUUAAGUACACAGACAUAGAGCAUAAUUAGUCAAAUUUUCUGAUUUGUAUUAUGCAGAAGAUUAGAUGGUCAUAGCUGUCCCUUGUAGCAAAUCUAUGAAUGCAACCUGCAGCCUAUCUGAGAAGAUAAUGUGGCAGAUAUAUAAGCUUGGUUUGUGUAUGAGUACACACAUACCUAUUUUUGUAAAGCACUUGGAAGAUCUUUGCAGUGAAAAGCACUGUAAUAGUACCAAAAAUAGUAUUAGAAUUUAAGCUCUAGGCUUUAGCAUUAACAUGUAUUCUUGACUAUGAAAGUUAUGCAGUUAAAGAUUUAUAUUGAUAGUAUAAGAAUGACUGUACUUGAGUAACUGUGAUUUUUAUUGGCCAAUGUGUAGUUACAGUGAAGGCUAUUGAUCAUACAAAGCUUUCUAUGGUUAGAGUGUGUAGUACAGAGAGGGAAGGAGUAUCUUUUAGGUACAGGGCAGGGCUGAAAAUCAGGUUUGGAGUCUCUCUAUAUUUUCACAUAGUUAUCAUGUGCACCUUGUUUUGUUUAUGUGAUAUUAUCCUGCCUUGUGCAUAAAUUAAAUUUAAGGAGGUUGCCUGGAGAAAAACAACAGAAAACAAAACAAUAACAAGAUACGGUGCUGCCCAGAAAAUAGCAGUACCCUCUAUGAAAAGAGGAAGCCGUUAAUUGGGGUAAGUCUCCAGACUGAUUCCAGGUAAGGGGGUUACUAAUAAAACAAUGUAACACCCAGUCAAUUAUCCUCUGGAAAAUACAUUAUUAACCCGAUGUUGCAUGUUGGAGAGUUGAUAUUGUCAGAAAGCUCCUAAAUCCAGCAUAUCCUUUCUGACUCAUUUAUUGUCUGUCUGCUCUUUUUUCUAUUAUAAGUAAUUUAUAAGUCAUUGGCAAACCAGGGCAACUUCUCUGCAAAUUUUCCUUUAUUUCUGUUUCUGUGGUGAUGCCUGCCUCUUGGUUGUCACUGUGGGACGCAUCAUCCAUCCCAGCGUUGCAGCAUUCGUGAGCUACUCUGGUACCUCAAGGUGUGUAGAAAAAGCUUUUAAAGCUGUGCCUAUGGCCGAAUUGCUGAUUCUCUGAAUCAGCAUUGAAUCUUCAGAUUCUGAUUCAGCUGAAUCGAAUCAGGGACAGUGAUCCGAAUCAAUUAAUCGAAUUGCUGUCUCUUGAUUUGGGCCGAAUCUGAAUUGGAUACAGUCCAUUUUGCACACCCUUACAAAGUGUACUUUGGCUGGACUUUGGAGAGUGUCUCAGGUGCACCAAAGAUUUCACACCAUGUGAGUGUCCACUCUGGAAAGUAGUUUACAGCAAAUGACCCAUCCCUUUUUUCUUAUACUCGCAUGAAAUUCGCACUGAUGCCGUCUGACUAAGACCUUUAGGAUGUGUCCCAUUAGCUCUUAUAUAGUGCAAUAGAUGUAAUGUGUUUCUGUUUAGAGGUAAAAUAAGACAGAAAAAAAUCUAAUGAUAUGAAAACAAGGAAGAAAUUGCAAUAGGAAGGGGCCUGAUGAGAUGAAAAAAAGAUGAUGUGAAAUGGCUUGGGAAAGCAGCCAGCACAUGAAAGUGAACAAGGCCGUGGUCUUAAAACAAGGAGCAGUCAUUUUCCCUGACAAGCCAUCAGAUAAUACAGUAAUAAGAAAAGAUAGGAAAAAAUCUCUCUCCUGUUCUCUUCUGUUUUGUUUGUUUCAUAAGGUGCCAAUGAAAGCUAUGUAUGAGUGUAACAUCAUCACUUCAGACAAACAGUUCACAGUUUAAACAACUGGUAUGAAAAUAUACAUACCUAUAUUCAUUACUUCUUCCUCAUCUAUUCUUCUCUUCCCAAGUGAUAAUAUACAGUCAACUUUUGAGUAUAAUUACAAUAACUUUAUAUAUAAAAAUCGGAGGUGUUGCUUGUCACUCGCAGCACAGCUCUGGUAACACUGGUAUGUAUAUAUUUUGGAAUAAUUUUUGCAUAAUUAAAAAAGCAUAUUGAUACAACUGAUCACAGGUGUCUCAAAAUACUGCUUGUGAUCACUGACAGUGAAAUAUCAGGAAUUAGAUAUCACUUGUUAUCUAAAGUCAUCUUGAAGAAGUGGUAUGUGUCUUCAGUUAGCAGCCUUUCUGGAAAUUUGAACAGCUAGUAGAUAGCAAUUCCAAAGACAGCUCAAAGAUUUCAUUAGUAGCUAGUACCUUCUUGUUAUGCAGAACAUGCAGUUCACCCUGGUCACUCAUGUAUUAAAGUGGAAGUCUCCUGAAACCAGGACCAGUAAUGGCUUGAUGUAUUCUUUGUUGUUGCUCUUGCAAUUUUACACAUUAGUCUCAUGAUUUUGGAAGAAAGACCAGGAUCCUUCAAUAGGUCAACUAGUAUUAUCUGCACAAAAUUGUGACAUCUCUGAAGUAUUAUCAAAAAAUACUUCAGUUUAGUUUUGCUUAAAGAAUGAUCUUAUAAUUGAGCCCAUGUGUUCCAUAUCAAGCACAACCUAAUCAUUGCUGCAAGGUCCAGAUUUUGUGAUGCUUCUGUUCUGUGGAGUGGAAACUCAGCAGCACCUUCAUAUUUGUGUAUUUGGACACUCAUUGCAUCUAUUUAAUUUAAUUUCAUUUCAUUUUUAAUAUGCCAAAGGUGAUUUUUUAAUGGAUGAUACAUGAUGGUUUCAUGCAAGCUGGUAGAAUAAAGCUUGUAGUUUUGGAAGCUCUGUAGGGGACAGCUGUGAUGUGUGGCACCAAUAGAAACAUGGGAGACAGUUUGAGAAAACAAGAUGGUUUGCAGACUCAAGAAGACAGCACUGUUUCACCCCAGCUUCAGUAUUACAUAAUGUGCAUACUGUGACUGUUGCACUUCACAGUUCAACUGCUGAGCACUGACCACAGAGGGACCAGAGGUUGCUUGCGGAUCAGGACUUGGCCAGUGAGAUGGGGCAAUAUUACCCUUGUGUGCUUCUAUUCUGUGGGGUAUUUUUACCAAAUAUCCUUGGUUUUCCACAUGUGAACACUUCAAUAGAUUGUGAUUCUAUGUUACCACAGUAUGAAGGUGAAGCACAAAAAUCACCACCACCAUACCUCAUUACUACCUCUUUUGAUAGCUAUGACCCAGGAAAUGAAAUUGAAGUGACAUUACAUGGAAAUGAUAAGUCCGGUUUUCAAGGAUUUCUUCUACAGGCUCGGGAAGUUGAUGGAGGUGCUCCUGUUGGCACUUUUAAAAUUACAGAUCUGAACACGCAAGGCCUUAGUUGUAAUAAUGUUUCGAAUUCAGCAGUAAGUCAUAUAAACUCAGAUGUGAAGAACAAAGUUACAACAAUUUGGGUUGCCCCUUCCAAAGCUAAGGAUGUUCGCUUUAGUGCAACUUUUGUAAAAGACCUUCAAAAUUUUUGGACUGGAGUAGAGAGCAAAACUCUUACUCCAAGGAAUUCAGAGUCCCAGAAUGUCACAAGAAGAAGUAAGAAGAAGUCCUCAAACACUGUGAUAGUGGCAUGUAAACAGACUGGAGGGACUUACUCAAGCAGUGGUAAAUGUAUUCCGGGUGGAUCUUCUGGCUCCUCUUCAAGUAGUAGCUCAGGCAGCCAGACUAUAUAUAUUUCCUCACAGAGCAGUGGUAGUCAUCCCCAAGGUGGAGUAGUUUAUCCAGUAAGAGGAAGUGGAUGUGGUCCAGGUGGGGCUGCUGGUGUAUAUGGAAUAUAUGGCUGUCAAGGGGAUGGAUCUUCAUUCAACAAUGGCAUUUCCUAUGGUCAGUCUGUCCCUUCAGGCAGCAAAGAAACCUCUGUUAAGAUAACAUCCUAUGCCGCAAGUGGUCCCUAUCCAGCUGAGCGUCAGACCUACCCACAGAGCUUGAGCGGUUCUGGAUACAAAGUCUAUGUCCAAGGUGGACAAAGUUACCAAGGUGGCAGUAUUUCCUAUGGUCAGGGUGGAAGCAGUGGUUCUUAUAAUCCGGUUGGACAAGGAUCCCCCAGUGUCAGCAUUACCUAUGGAAAGGGUGGACAGACUUACCCAGGCAGCAGUGGUUCUUAUGGUCAGCAGGGAGGAUCUUCCUCAAGUGGUAGCAGUGGGUGUGGAAAGGGUACUCCAUAUGACAGCAGUUCCUGUUAUGAGAGUCAGUCCACUUCCUCACAGGACUCUUCUAGCCAGAGUGGUUCAUCCUCUUCCCAAGGUAGCAGUGCCUGUCAAAAUGAUGGAAAUUCUGACUCAGACAGCAGCAACCGCUGUCCCCAGGGUGAAUCCUCACAAAACUCUGGUAGCCAGGAUUCACAGAGCAAUUCAGGCAGCAGUAGCAGUUCUUGUGGUGAAAGUUCCUCUGGUUGUGGAAACAGCAAGGUUGUUGCUCGCGAUCUAUCCCAUGUUCUGCACAUUAGGAGUCUCAGUGAACAGAAUGAACCUGCUACAUCAAACAGCCACAAUGAAAAUACUCAGGAUGGAACAUUUAUUGCACACAAUGACAGUUCCAGGGGCCAAGGAGGCUGUGUUUGCCCUGGUGACAGUAGAAGCCCUGUCCAGGAUGGACCUUCCCCACAAAGCCCAAACCAGUCUGAUGAUGAGGGUUCAUCUUCCUCAGGAGGCACUCAAUCUGUUGAAAGGAGUUCCUCUUCCUCUGAAGGCAGUCAGUCUGGUGGACAGGGUUCCUCAGGAGGUAGUCAUUCUGCUGGGCAGGCUUCCUCUGUUUCAGGAGACAGUCAGUCCAGUGAUGAGGAAGAAUGUGAGUCCUCUAAAGAGAGUUCACAUGCAUCUCAUACUGUACUCAGAAGUCACCCCUCAUCAGGGGACUCAUCAUCCUCAGUAGGCAGCCAAAGCAGUGGAAAGGAAGAAUGUGAUUGCUCUAAGCAGAGUUCAGGUUCGUCUUCUGAAGGCAGUCAAUCUGGUGGACAGGAUUCAUCUUCCACAGGAGGCAGCCAAGACAGUGGAGCAAGCGAAUCAUCUGAUCUAGUCAGAAGCCAUAUCUCUAGAGAAAAUUCAUCUUCCUCAGAAGGCAGCCAAGGCAGUGGAGCGGAUUCUUCUUCCUCUGGAGACAGUUUUUCUAGCGUACAGGGUCUCCCUUCCUCAGGAAGUGGUCAGUCUGGUGGACAGAAUGAAUGUAAUUGCCCCAGCAGUGGUUCAGGUUCAUCCUCAUCAGGAGGCAGCCAAAGCAGUGGGGCGAGUGCAUCUUCCUCGGGAGGCAGCCAAGGCAGUCAAGGGAACUCAUAUUCCUCAGGAAGCAGUCAAAGCAGUAGAGAGGAUUCCUCUAAUUCAGGAGGCAGUUCUUCUGGUGGACAACAAGGUUCUUCUUUGGGAGCCAGUCGUCCUGGUGGACAAAGUCCAUCUUCCUCAGAAAGUACCAGAUCUAGGGGACAGGGCGGAUGUGUUUGCCCAGCUGGGAGUUUAAACAGACAAGCUUCCGGAGGCAGUCAGCCUGGCAAGACUGGUUCAUCAGGGAUCCAAGGAGGCAGCCAGUCUGGUAAACCGGGUUCAUCUAUUACAGGAGGUGGCCCAGUGAGUGCUGCUGGGAAACAGUUUCAUCCUGGACUUAUGAUUCUUUUCAGCAUUUUGAGUGCCUUUACCAUCUCUUCUUCAGUUAUGUCAAAGGCUUAUAUGAAUUUCUGAAGACAUAUGUUUGGAGUCCUAGAUAGUGUAACAUCUGAAAUAUCAGAUUAUCUUAUGUAUAAAAGGUUUGGCUUGAAUUUUAUGGAUAUGUCAUGUGUCUUUGCUAUAAUGUUAUGUAUAGCUAAAAUGCCAUGCACUUGAUUAGUUUUACCUUCAUUUGAAUCCAUAAUGCACAUCAAUAGUUAAUUUUUCAGUAUUUUUGGCAUCAUUGGAAGAGAGCAUAUUGUGCCCUAGCUGUAUUUUUUUUUAUUAUUAUUAUUUCUUAUCUAGGAAUUUGAUUAAUGCUUCAUUUAAACUUGAUCUAGUCACUAAUACACCCACAUGGGAGAUAUUUAUUAACCCAGAAAAAAAUAUGAAUAAUAAAUUGUCAAAAGUGAAA